CAGGAAAGGGUUAGCUGGACCGUUUCCAUCCCAUCAGUAACUGGCAGCAGUCUACCUGUAAAUUAAAAGCUGACAGUCUCAAUAGACGGCUUAGUGUAGUCUGCUACGAUCUCUCUGUAGACAUCCCACCAGAGGCAGAUCGGCUUACUCAUCCAGUCACACCCUUCCUUCCGUGUUCUCUUACAGCGCUCGGUGUACCAUAUUGUCGGCUGGCUGAACGGGCAUGGCUUCUGCCGGUGUGGGGGUGGAGGAGCUGCAGGCUCGGAUCCGGGAUCUGGAGGAUGAGCUGAGAAGGGUGAAAGGCAAUGAUCCCCACGAGAUCCACAGGACCAAGAUUGAUAAGAUGAGCGCUGAAGUGGUGGAUUCAAACCCCUACAGUCGCUUGAUGGCUUUGAAACGAAUGGGGAUAGUGGAUGAUUACGAGAAAAUCCGCUCGUUCGCUGUAGCCGUAGUGGGAGUUGGCGGCGUGGGCAGCGUGACCGCUGAAAUGCUGACAAGAUGUGGCAUUGGUAAGCUGCUGCUGUUUGAUUACGACAAGGUGGAACUGGCCAACAUGAACCGAUUGUUCUUCCAACCACACCAGGCAGGACUUAGUAAAGUGGAGGCUGCCGAGCAUACGUUACGGAAUAUAAACCCUGAUGUCCAGUUUGAAGUGCACAAUUACAACAUAACGACAGUAGACAACUUCCAGCAUUUUAUGGACAGGAUAAGCAAAGGUGGAUUAAAAGAGGGUCAACCUGUGGAUCUUGUGCUUAGUUGUGUGGACAACUUUGAAGCCCGGAUGGCAAUAAACACUGCAUGUAAUGAACUUGGACAAGUCUGGAUGGAAUCGGGAGUCAGCGAAAAUGCGGUGUCCGGACACAUUCAGCUUAUUAAACCAGGAGAAACGGCCUGCUUUGCGUGUGCUCCUCCUCUGGUGGUCGCGGCCAACAUUGAUGAGAAGACUCUGAAGCGGGAGGGCGUUUGUGCAGCCAGCUUGCCCACUACUAUGGGAGUUGUAGCUGGUUUACUUGUCCAGAAUGUUCUCAAGUAUCUCUUACACUUUGGCACAGUUAGCUUCUAUCUGGGGUACAACGCAAUGCAAGAUUUCUUCCCUACUAUGGCUAUGAAACCUAACCCACACUGUGAUGACAAAUACUGCCAGACUCAGCAGUCUGAGUACAAGCGAAAAGAGGCAGAAAAGCCCAAACCAGAAGUGGUGGCAGAAGAAAAAGAAGAAGAAAUAGUGCAUGAGGACAACGACUGGGGUAUUGAGCUGGUUUCAGAGGUGUCAGAAGAAGAGUUAAAAGCUGCUACUGGGCCAGUCCCAGAGCUGCCAGAAGGAAUCACUGUGGCAUAUACCAUUCCAAUAAAGGAACCCACGGCUGGUGUUACGGUGGAGGAGUCGGAGCAGAGCCUGGAGGAACUUAUGGCCCAAAUGAAGAGCAUGUAGAAGGCCGUUAAAGCCUAUGGUUGUGGGUUCUAUUUGCUUAGAGAAAAGGCUUGCAAUCGAUUUUCACCAAAUAAAUCGGUGUUCUACUUUAGCUAAUUUGUCAUGUAACUACACUUGGUUGUGCUUGUACAUUAUUAAGGACUAAUAAAAUUAUUAAAUAUA